AUGACUAUUGAUAUGGCAGUGCUAGGAGGGCCACGAGAACGAACAGCAUCGAACGCUCAAACGAUUUCGUCGUGCACUUCCCCCGCGACGAGCGAAGUCGAAGUAGACGAUUUGGCCGUGCUUGUUUCACAACAACGAUUUCGAGAUGACGAUGGGUUGACACGUGAGGAGCGAGCGUUUUUCGACAGGGUCGUUUCUGAGUGCACAUCAUUACGUGCAGCGAUGGACGCGGGAGGGAUUGGUGCGUCAUCGUCCCAGGGAACUUCACAGGUGGCAGCUUCAAAAGACGAAUCAUCACCGGCUCGAGCUGAAUCUCGUCUUGAUGAUACGGAACAGACAAUGAGCACGACCAGUACAUGGCAUGAUGAAAUCGAUUCGCUUGAAUAUAUUGAUGGAGUCGACGAUCGCGAUCCGCUCAUACCGGGCACGUCAUCCGCUGUUACGUCCGUUAGCUCAGCCCCAAGCUCUUCAGCUGCGGUGAAAACUGGCCAACAACGGGACAGUGAUGACAUCAAAGCGCAUUUGGAUAAACUGGCGAGGAUUGCAGGACAGCUCAGCCAUCGUCAUGCAGAUUUCAACCCUAAACGAGACCGUGCCUCGAUCAACAAGAUGCGCUCACAGAUGAAAGAAUUGCUACGAAGGGUGAACGAAAUCGAGAAAAAGGUCGGCAGUGGUGAUGUAAGAGGCGAAGUGAGGCAGCUGAUGCGCACACUGGAAGAGAUGAAGCGUGCGCUUGGAGAGGGCCCAGCGCCAAAAUCAACGUCGACAACGCCUAUUCUCACAAUGCACAAUAAAACACCGUUUUGGAACGAACAUAAUCAAGUGUAUCAGCUGGACUUUGGCGGACGUGUCACUCAGGAGUCGGCGAAGAAUUUCCAGGUGGAAAUGGACGGAAAACAGGUGCUGCAAUUUGGUCGAAUCGAAGGUGGUGCAUACACGUUGGACUUCCGCCGACCGUUCUCUGCAACUCAAGCGUUCGCCGUUGCUCUUGCCAGUAUCACUCAAAGACUCAAAUAG